UGAAACCUCCUACAGUGAACACAGGGAGGCGUUUUCUCCUCUCAUCUUAUCUUCCCUCAUUUGGUCUUAUUCAAACAUUUCCAACACGUCGACAUUUUCUCCUCACACUUGUUAUCUCUUAUUUUCUGGGUGGUUGGGGAUUUCUAUUAAAACGUCGAACGGGACGAAAAUGACGGGUCAAGUGCCGCCACUUCAAAUGUGAAAUAAUUAAAAAAGAAAAAAAGUUGUUGUGAAUUUUUCGCUGCCCAUUUUCGCGUGUCGGGACGAACGAGGGGGUGCCAUCAUUUGAACACGUCGCAAAAAGAAAAGGUCACCGUCAUUGGCCCGUUCUCUCGCACACCCUCGAACCGCCUCUUUUCCAUUGGUCCUACCUCCUGCCCGUGUCCGUCUGAUCAGACGUCACCUGUUUGGCUUGGCGUCAAAAUCAGCGCCAGUCGAGUCGACGGGCUUCAGUGGUGUGGCCGUCGCCUAUACGACACAACGACACAAUUCUUUUGUUUAUUUUUCGCCCGUUGAUAAGUGAAGACGUGAGGAGAACGGUGGACUGGACCGACCUAGUCGUCUUAUCGGAUUCCUCCUUGUUGCGGAGUGUGUGCGUAGAGAGAGAGAGGAUCGAAUUAUUCGGUCUGCAAUCACGCCGUUCGUGAGUGCAUUGUGCACGUUGUGACGUCUGAGCGGUGUGGGUGCGUGUUUGCGAGAGAGGGGCUCGUAAAUACUGGCGCAGAUGUCCUCCUCCGUGACUGUGAACAAAUCAUGUGCAGCUGGUUUGUCGUCAGCCCGUCCGCCGUUGUUGUUGUUGUCACCGCCGCCAUCGUCGUCGGUGCGAGCGCCGGAGCUAUCACUUUCGAUUAGCCGUCGCCCGUCUCUUCUAUUCCUCGUCUCUCUCUCUUGUUAUUUGACGGAUGCCGAAUGAGAUAACUAGACCGCUCUGCAUUUGGCCUCCCCUACUGUUCUCUCUCUGAUUCGAGUCGACUGGCAGUGCAAGUUCAUUUCCUGAUGGGCAGCAAAAAGAGACGAAGACGAAGAAGAGAAUAAAAGAAGGAGAGAAAACAAGAAAGAAAAAGAGGCAAACGUGUCGCGUGCACGCGGCUGUGUGCACCUCUCCCGUCCCGACCUCGGUCGUGUUAUUCAAUCUGCAGUUUGUGACAUUGACUUGGCUGUUUGCGCCAAACAAACUUUUCGUUUUUCUUUCUUUCUUUCUCUUUUUCGAUCCCCUACAUUUCCCAUUCUGUACGUCCUAUACCUCUCCCGUCGUCGUCGUCGUCGUCGUCGCUGUUGUUGUUAUUGGGUGUCAGUGUGCAGAUCACGUCGCCCUACGGCCACGAACCAGUGGCGCAUUCGAGCGUCUUAUCUCCCGUGUAGAUCCAUUCAAUUCGAAACAUCAGAAAGCGGACGCUUUGGCACACACAACUGUCGUCUGCCGUAUAGCAUACGGAAGCGGGCGAGAUGGGCAGCUUGACAGCAGCUGGAACCGGGCGGAGGUCGAGCUCUCGUCGCGGGAGUCGUUCGAGCGAAUAUCAACAGCAGCAGCAGCAGCAGCAACUGAAUCAGACCCCGAAUCACAAUAAUAGAGACAAUAACUGUCAAAUCAGUGCCAGCGGUGGCGGCAGCGGCGGCGUUAGUCCGUACGUUUCCGUCGCCGUCCGCGUCCUGGAAAGCGGAAGCAGCCGCAUCUUUGGAUUUCGUGACGCAUGCUCUUGGUGUCGCGACAUUUGGCAUUGGAUAGAAGCGGCCGUGGAGCGGAGAUGCCCUCCAAGAUGGACACCUUGGAUCCUGGCGGGUGGCUCGGUCAUGGCCGGAUCCCUCCUGGCCAUUUUAUGGGUCAUCAUGGACGUGGUGUGGAUUUAUUCCCAACUCUGCUCCCUAACUGUCCCCUUUUUCGCUCUCAUGUCCGGAUACUUACUGCUAGCACUCGGCUUCCGCCAUUCCUGGACACCCACCGGCAUUUACUUGACAUUUUGCGGCAGCAUCAUUGGAGAAACGCUCGGAUUCUUCCUGUCGUCGGCACUAGACGCCCAGAAUGGAUGGGAUGCCAGAGGAGCAGCAGCUGCUGCAGCUUCUGCUGUCCAUUUGAACGAAGCUGGACAUCAUCAGGAGAGCCGGCACCAGACGGAAGAUGAAGGAGCCGCUGCUGCCGCGGUUGGCAUCCAACUGGCCGGAAUGACUCUGCCGCGCAGAGAAACGGCCCAGUUUCUCCUCCAUCCACUUUACUUGCUGGCCUACACUUUGACGUUGGCGGCCACAUCAAGAUUGACCGACACUUUGUCCAGUUCGCAAUCAACUUUCAUCGUCGUGUCGGUCGUUCUGCUGCGCAGCGCCGGCUGUGUCACUCUGCCGUCUCUGCCGAUCGUCCUCCGGCCGGCCGUCACUUACCUAGCCGGACUGCUGGGCAUUUUGGUUGCCAAAUUCACCGAGACGUCGCUGAUUCAGCCCGACGUGGUGCCCAUGUCAUCAAUGAUCAUCAACAGCAGCAGUAGCCUUCCCAAUCCUCAAUUGCCGUUGCAGACGGGCAGCAGCGGUGGCGGCAGCUUGAGCGGGAGUCGACGGACAUCGGCAGUUGAUCACGAAUCUCGAGUUAUGGCCGCCCGUCGUCGAAGGACAUCGAGCGCCGCUUUGACGUCGACCCAGGCGUCGGCGGCCAGCUCAGUUGCCACCGGCCAGUCGGGCGCCAGCUCUCAAGGUGGUUGCAAUACAACAGGCAACAACAAAGUGAGAAGGACAUCUCUUCCGGCCUUGCUGGCCAACAAGAAGGACCACCUUUUGGUGUCGAGUGCGGCUCUUUGGGGAUUGGACGUGGCCCUUUUGUCCGAGGCUCACGGCCUGGUGACGGACUUGCUUCUCGAGUCGUCGACGAUGCCGCCGCAAUUGGCCAGCGGCUUGAAAGCUUUAGCCAAUUUGCUGAGUCCGCCGCUUCCCCAUCAAUCGAAUGGCGGGCCCAUCAUGGACAGGAGACCGCGCCACACGUUGCCUCACGUCGCCCUGUCGGACGUCCAGUACGCCUCUGACACGGAGGAGAUCCCCUACACGGGCGAAUCUCUAUUCCAGCACCUCUCCAAGAAAGGAAAACGUUUCGUGCCUCCUAAUCUCUUGCGGAGGAUGUCGACCAGCACGUGGACAACGACAACAUCAGCCACCGGAAUGCCGACCAUUGAGCCGGAGCCUUGCCGGAAGCGCACCGCUAGUUUCAGGAGUGGAUUAGACGGGACCUCGGCGACGACGUCGUCAUCGAGUCCGAACCAAAGUCAGCUCUCGCUUCCGGGCCUGGUGGCUUUCAGUGCCAAUGAGCCAAUGAACCCCAACAGCAUCAACAACAUCAACAACAAUAAUUCGGCCUCGACGCAGUCGGGUAGCAACAAGAGUCGGAGCCACUCGACGACUUCGCUCUACAAUCAACAUCCGAACGGCAAGCGACUGAUGCGCGAGCGGAAGACGGUCUGCAGUCUCCAUCCGCUGUCGUCGACGACGCCGACGCCUAACGAGUACUCAUCCUCCACCGGCCUCCUCCUUCCCGACAAUGCGUCCAAUUGUCCCGGACUCGUUCCCAACGAUUCAGAGGCGCUUCAACAGCAGCAGCAGCAACAUUUACGGGAUCGGGACGAUUCUGAAAAUGAAGCAUUUAGUUACUCGUUGCCCGGAUCGGCGGUCGACAGUCGUCGAGGAUCCGGACUCAGCACUAGGCGGAGUUCGGGAGCCGGAAGCGGUGCUGGCGGAGGUGGAAGUGUUGGGGGAGGUGGAGGAAGCCGCAGAGGAUCGGCCCAGCAACCAAGCGCCGUAAUCGAAGAUCAGCGAUCCACCGGUGCUGGAUCGGAUUGCGAAGCCCCCGAAUCUGGUAGCUCGAACGUGUUGCGGAUCACCGAAUACGUCACGUCGCGAACUUUGCCCAGCAGCCGGACUGGAAGCGCCAACCGGCAGAUAUCCAGCUACGAGGAUGACGAGAACGAUGGCGACGGUGAAGCCGGAGAUGAUGAACUGGAAAGCGGAGACGCGGCCGACAGCGGAGAAACAACAACUCGACAACAGCAAAUCCGUCCGGGUCGGCGCUCCGGCCAUCUCAGCGGAUCUGGAUCUGGACAUGGCAGUAUUAAACCACGCACUUCCGAUUACGAGAGUUCCGAUUCACCGAACUCGAGUGAUCAUUGCGAAGAAAUGCCCAGCAGCCGAACGUGCACCGCACUGGAAGAACCGGAAUCGCAACAGCAGCAGCCUCCAGUGGUCAUCCGCACCGAAAUCGAAGACCCUGAUUGCCCUCACGCAAUUCCUUCUUCUGGCAUCGAAGCGGACGACGAAGAUUACAUCGACCACCGGGAAUCGUUCACGGCGCUUGAAGAAAACGAGAAUUGCAGACUAAUUUCGCUGGAAGAUGGAUCUCGUUUCGAUCUGGACCAAUUGGAAUCCGACCAACUAUUGAGCGACCUCAAAGAAUGGGACUAUCCCAUCUUCGAUCUUCUGGAUCGCUACACUGACACAAUUCUCUCGGCGACGUGCUACCGAGUCUUUGCCGAAGUAGGGCUGUUUGAUACCUUCAAGAUUCCCGUCCGGGAAUUCUUCCACUUUUUUCACGCCCUUGAACUUGGAUACCGAGAGAAACCAUAUCAUAACCGAACGCACGCCUCGGACGUGCUUCACGCCGUCUUCUAUCUGACAUCACAACCUAUUCCGGGAUUUACCGUUCACUCGCUGGAUUCCGAUCCCAGCUCGACUAAAAUGCAUGGUGUGGAUUCAGCCAGCCCAAGUCCAGCGCUGGUGCAGCGAGCCUCGUUCAAUUUCGAAGACUCUUACGGAAUCAUGGGCGCUAAUUUCCCGGCCUUGGAGCUGAUGGCUCUCUACACGGCGGCCACUAUGCACGACUAUGAUCAUCCGGGCAGAACCAAUGCUUUCCUCGUCACUACUCUUGCUCCUCAGGCCAUCUUGUACAAUGACCGUUCGGUCCUGGAGAAUCAUCACGCAGCAGCCGCUUGGUCGUUAUUUCUUUCCGAUCCUCGUUUCAAUUUCCUUGUUCAUUUGGAACGAGCCGAAUUCAAACGUUUUCGCUACCUAAUUAUCGAAGCUAUUUUGGCCACGGACCUGAAACGCCACUUUGAAAUCCUGGCCGAAUUCAACGCUAAGAUGAACGACACCGACGCACCUGGCAUCGAUUGGACCAAUGAGACGGAUCGGCUUUUAGCCAUGCAAAUGUGUAUCAAAUUAGCCGAUAUCAACGGCCCGUGCAAGAUACACAACAUUCACGUUCAGUGGACUCACCGCAUCGCCGAAGAAUUUUAUGAGCAGGGAGACGAAGAAGCCGCUCUGGGCAUGCCCAUUUCACCUUACAUGGACCGCAACAAUCCACAGUUGGCCAAAUUACAAGAGUCUUUUAUUAACCACUUGGUGGCUCCAUUGUGCAACGCUUACGGAGAAGCCGGCCUUUUGCCCGGAGAAUGGGAUGAUGGUGUCCAAGACGACGAUGACGAAAGCCUUCCGAGCUCUUUUUACAGCGACGAAAGUGGGUGUCAUGACGAUAGGAGAGCCAGUUCUGGGGACAGUUCGUGUUUGACGGAACUGGACAGAGACAUCGGGCCAUCGGCGGGUUCCGGUAGUGAUUCUGACACGCCCGUUCAUCGAAAACGGUCCCCAACGGGAAGAAAGAUUCUCUGUUUACAAACGCAACAUCUGCAAGAGAAUCAUCAAUACUGGGUGACCCAGAUAAAGGAGAGUGAACUCCGGCCAUCUGCUGAUGCCACGGGUGUAUCGUGUUCCGGCGGAGGGCGAUCCGGCGAAGAAUUCGGUGACAAUAAUAGUUCAGGAGAUUCCAGUCCAAUAAGCCUCAGCGAAGACCGAAUGGAACCCAUCGCGGAGGAAAAUAGUCCAAAAUCAUUUGAACGCAGUUUUAGCUUUGAGAAGGAAGACUCGAAACUUUAAAUACCGUCGACCUGUGUGUGUGCCAUCCCUUCUCUUUGGCUUGAUACGGUGUGUUUCAUUCAUCAUGACCCAAUGGCGUGUCUUUUAUUUGACACAUCGCUAGACCACCAUCCCUACUUGUCUGCGUGUAUGUUCUGUUUGGUUACCCUUACCUGUGAUAACUCGCACCGACAAUGACCCUUUUACGCUUAUUGAGUGGCCGACCGGUAAUAUGUAAUAGAGCGUAUCGCUUGGUGGUUACCGUUGCCGUUGCCGUUGCCGUUUGCUUGCCUCACUGCAGCAUUGCAGAUGAGAGUGGGAACGGUCGUCAAGUUUUUGCGCAGGUUCCAAAAUUCGUAACUGGCCAAUUCUGCAAGUUUCUUUUUCCCUCCCUGACACGAUUUCAUUAUCUUCGUACUGCUGUCAUCAGUCGUCGUGCACGGACUGAGAAAAAGGAAGUCAAUUACUUUUGUACACUUCCGCCAAUACUUCAUGAUCAAAUGGCGGAAACACAAAAUGGCCGAAACUACAGCGACGAGAGUUAUAUCCGCUCUUUCAAUAGAUUGGCCCAAUAGAUCAUAUCACAUCAUUAUACGGCCUCAGUGAGUGCAUUUUUCGGAGUUCUGGGUUCUGCUAAGUAAACUCUAUUGUUCAUUCAGUACCCUUUUAACCGAUUGCUUUCAUUCCAAUAGCAUUAUUUGACGGGCUUUGUAGGUAAUUUUUUGUAGAAGCCUUCUCUUUACAAAUUUAAAGCUAGUAUUUACAAUUUGUACAGAAUGACUUUGACCCUAAUUACGGGAUGGGCAAUCGACAUGGUUCAUCAAAGAUGAUUGAUCAGUAAAAGAGUUAUUUAUGAAGAGUUUGAAUUUGGGCCGUGCCGGUGAUUGUAUGCAAUCAGGAAUGAUUUGUCUGUUGACGAAUUCGCGUCUUGACAUCAUUUCGGUUUCUUUCACACAUAUUCUAAAUGAUAUUUUAAAAAGUUCAUUCUUGUGUAUAUCAUAACGAAAAAGUGACGUACUUGUAAAUAUUUGAGGGUUUGUCCUUUUCCCCUCGUGCUAUAUAUUUUGCCGCCGUUCCGUGGUCUCCAGAAUCCCUCUCCGUUCGUCCCACAUGUUGCAUGCUAUUAUUCUCUAAAUAAUUUUUCAUUACAAUAUGUGUGAAUUUAUACAACCGUUAGUGUCGACCUAGCAAACCGUACAAACAAUUCCAUAUCCACAUUACAGAGACGAGAUGUAAGAGCAGCUGCACAAUGAUAGGGCCGACGACUGACCAUAUUUUAUGUAUAAAUUUGAAUGAUAUACCAAAUACAUUUGUCGUUUACCCGUG